AUUAUGAAAAGGAUUGUCAGUUGAAGUUAGUUUCAUUACCCAGGAGAGAAACUAAACCCUAAAAAAGUUGGGACAAAGUACUAUCAUCUUCAUGCUUUUUAUGCUGAUUUGCCUCUCCAUUUGCACAGCUAUAUACUUUUAUAUCUUGUUUAUCUACUCUUAAACUAUUCUCUCCAAUCCUGCAGGGCUAUUUGUUAAUUAGCUAUUAUUAACAUUAGUUGGUACAUUUCUGUCACUAGAAGGCAAAUUUACUGGAUCUAAGGUGAAUGUUUUUUUUGCCAAUGAUAGUUGUAAGUAUUUGCAAUGUUAUCACAGGCAUAAGUUGCCCUUGAAAGGUCAGAUUCUGAAAUACCAUUUUAUCACAGGCAUUAGGCAAUAUAUAUGAUUCAACCUAUCUACAGACUCUUUUGUAAUUGGUGGGUAUCCAAGAAGAGCUAGGCCUAGAACCAUGGACAUGGUUAUAAUGGGGAGGACUCCUUGCUGUGACAAGAAUAAUGUGAAGAAAGGCCCAUGGACUGCAGAGGAAGAUGCCAAGCUCCUCGCAUACAUUACCAUCAAUGGCACUGGUAAUUGGACAUCAAUACCCAAUAAAGCUGGGUUGAGGAGAUGUGGGAAGAGUUGUAGAUUGAGAUGGACGAAUUAUCUGCGACCUGAUUUGAAGCACGAGAGCUUUACAAGUGAAGAGGAGCAGCUUAUUCUCAACCUGCAUGCCGCCAUUGGAAGCAGAUGGUCUCUGAUAGCUGCACAGUUGCCCGGACGAACAGACAAUGAUGUGAAAAACCACUGGAAUACUCGGUUAAGAAAGAAAUUGUGCGAGAUGGGAAUCGAUCCUGUGACUCAUCGGCCCAUUUCACAGAUUUUGGCUGAUUAUGCAGGCAACGUCAGGCUCUCUGGUGGAAACGAAGAUCAGGUGGGCAAGGCAAGAAUAAGCUGCCUGACCAAAGACUUGCGAAAUGCGCAUUCUGCAGCCAAUUUUAAUUAUAGAAACAAUCCUCAUCAUCAGAAUACAGCUCCUCCUCUGGACACCAUGAACAAUGCUCACAUCAGUCCUGAUUACAACAGUAAUUUAUGGGAUGUUCUUGCUCAAUUGAAUGAAAUUAGGAGCAAUGUGGCCUCUGCAUCUGCACAGCCAAACCAAAGCAGUAUGACCAACAAAUUUUCAUGUCCUAAGCAACUUCCUAUCAAUGGAGGAGAAGAACCCAAUUUGCUUCCUGUUUUUGCAAAUGAUCACAGUACCCAGCAGCCACUCAGCUGGAGUGAAUUUCUCAUGCAAGAAGAAGAACAAGAGGAAAUGGCACCUCCUGCUCACUAUGAUGAUUGUGAAUUGGAUACUACAGAGAUGAUCUUCCCUCCUCAUGUCAUGGACACCAAGUCUUACUAUUGUCAUCCAGAAGAGCUGCAGAUGCCACACAACCUGGAGAAUAAUACAAUAACAAGACAAAACAACAUGAAAAUGCAAACUGAAGAUACCCCUGCCUACAUUUAUACUGGGAGCAGCACAAACAGAUUCAAUGACAAUGUAUGGAACCCUGCAGUCUCGGAGAUGUCUCCUAUGGAUUCUCUUCUACUGAACUGUGAAUAUCCCUUGUCUUGGGACUUCUCUGAACUUGAGAAUGUAGCUUGAUCAGCACUCUAUACAAUACAUGUAUACUGUAUGAACCUUAGAGACCAUGCCAUCUACCAUAUAUACAUAAAGACAAUCUUUAUAUCUACAAGAAUUCUAAUGAUGUAUGCAGAUUAUAAAAUUCAAAGAUAUAUGAAGUCAUAUUUCAUCUUACCAAAAAUGGAGAUGGCGGAAA